GCAGCCGGGCUGCCUCCGGCCAUGGUGGCCCGCUCGUCGCCGGCGGGGCAGGAGCAGGCGCGGCGGCGGCGGCCGCCAUUGCUCGCGGGGGCCGCGGUACUAUGAAGGAUGGAAGCGGACGAGGUGACGAUCCGGGAGCAGAACUUCCACAGCCAAGUGCGGGAGUACACGAUCUGUUUUCUCCUGUUUGCUGUUCUCUACAUUGUUUCCUACUUUAUAAUCACAAGAUACAAAAGGAAAGCAGAUGAGCAAGAGGAUGAAGAUGCCAUCGUUAACAGAAUAUCGCUGUUCUUGAGCACCUUCACUCUAGCAGUUUCAGCUGGUGCAGUCCUGCUUCUACCUUUCUCAAUAAUCAGCAAUGAGAUCCUGCUUUCUUUUCCACAAAACUACUAUAUUCAGUGGUUAAAUGGCUCACUAAUUCAUGGUUUGUGGAAUCUUGCCUCUCUUUUUUCAAAUCUAUGUUUAUUUGUGUUGAUGCCCUUUGCAUUUUUCUUCCUGGAAUCAGAAGGAUUUGCUGGCUUAAAAAAGGGCAUCAGAGCAAGGAUUUUGGAAACCCUUGUAAUGCUCAUUCUUCUUGCACUGCUUAUCCUUGGAAUCGUAUGGGUGGCUUCAGCACUCAUAGACAAUGAUGCUGCCAGUAUGGAGUCUUUAUAUGACCUCUGGGAAUUCUACCUCCCAUAUUUAUAUUCCUGUAUAUCACUGAUGGGAUGCUUGUUACUUCUGUUGUGCACGCCAGUGGGGCUCUCGAGGAUGUUUACAGUAAUGGGUCAGUUGCUGGUGAAACCAACAAUCCUGGAAGACCUAGAUGAGCAGAUGUAUAUCAUCACUUUAGAGGAGGAAGCAAUUCAGAGGAAGCUUAAUGGUGUCUCUUCCACAGUGGAAUACCAGACAGUAGAGUUGGAACGUGAGCUUGAAAAAGUGAGAAGCAAGAAAACAAAUCUAGAACGUAGGAAAAAAGCUUCUGCUUGGGAGAGGAAUUUAGUUUAUCCAGCUGUCAUGAUAUUGCUCCUGACUGAGACAUCCUUUUCAGUUCUUUUAGUCGCUCUCAACAUUCUUUACCUGUUGGUUGAUGAGACUGCAAUGCCCAAGGGAUCAGGGGGACCUGGAAUAGGAAAUGCCUCCUUAUCCACCUUUGGCUUCGUGGGAGCAGCACUUGAAAUCAUUUUGAUUUUCUAUCUUAUGGUAUCUUCUGUCGUGGGCUUCUACAGUCUUCGUUUUUUUGAGAAUUUCACUCCCAGGAAGGAUGACACAACCAUGACAAAGAUAAUUGGAAACUGUGUCUCAAUCUUGGUGCUGAGCUCUGCUUUGCCAGUGAUGUCAAGGACCCUGGGAAUCACCAGAUUUGAUCUCCUUGGAGACUUUGGAAGGUUCAACUGGCUGGGGAACUUCUACAUUGUGCUAUCUUACAACUUGCUCUUUGCUAUCAUGACAACGUUGUGUCUGGUCAGAAAGUUCACGUCUGCUGUGCGAGAGGAGCUCCUGAAGGCAUUAGGAUUAGAUAAACUUCACCUAUCAAACAAUCCAAGAGACUCGGAGACAAAGCCUUCUGCAAAUGGCCAUCAGAAAACACUGUGAUAACAAUCACCUGCAAUCAGCAGAGCUGAAAACAUCAACCUCAUGGCAUUCCUGUCAUCUCAUCAGCAUUUUUAUAUUGCCUUUAGUUGUUAGUUAGGGUCGAGCCUUGUCUCAUUUUGAUGCUGUGUGCUUCUGAGGAAGUUAGGUGUAUCAGAUUCUUCUCUUUCCAGUGAACUUUUGGUCUGCUUGUUUAUUUCCCAGGAGGUUAAUGCAGGAGGUGCCUUGAAGACUGGAAGCUGAAGAGAAAAAUGCAUUCCUUUUUAUUUGUUGAAAGUCUCACAUCUUUAUUUUCAGACUUGCUACCAUUUGAAUGCACAGUACCUCCUGUGUUAUACAAACACAGCUGUAAAGAAUAACUUUGGGACUUGAUUAAAAUAAAAAAAGAAAAAGAAGAAAACAUACACUUGAAGGCCAAUAUGACCCUCACUGGAAAUGCAAAGUAGCUGGAGUAGGUACCCAUGACAGGAGAUGAACAGCUCUACUGAGAGUGAGUUAAAAAGGACAGGAGAGAUCCCAGUGCUGGAUGCAGUAGGCUGUGUCAUGGUGCCUUCUCAGCAGGCCAGUGUGUUUUCAGCUCUCUGUCCUUAGCUCCAGAUGCCAGCUUGCUUUACUGGCGGUCAAACAAUGUCUUACAGAAGUCCAAGAUGAAGAUUAACUUCAGUGUUCAAUCUGAGCCUAGUAUGCUUUGUAAAAAGCUGUGUAGACUGUCUGUCACAGCUCUCAGUUCUGUGAGCUGUUGUGCCCUGGAGGUCCCUUUCCCUACCCAAGACCCUUGUGAAAUUUUUGAUGAGCUACUGUGUGUAAGCAGUACCUGGAAUCAAUGCAAGGAGCACAGGCCUAGGAGGCUGCAGUUGCAGUUUUCUACAAUCUUUAAUUUGAAGUAAAUUUCUCUGAGUUUAUACUUCAGUUACCAGGAUUUCUGUUCAGUGGCAUAACCCAGUUAUCUGUCACUAGCCUGUUUUUUAAUGUACACAUGUUCAUGUAUAUAGGCCUGUAUGUGUAGAUAUCAUAAAUUAAGUUCUAAGGUUGUAGAGAUGACAGUAGGUGGUUUGGUAAGUAAAACAUGUGUGUGCAGUCUUGGUAGUUUGAAUUGCUGAAGUGUUGAACUGCUCAGAGGCCUUAGAUUCAAGAUGGCAUCAGUGGGUGAUAAUGUCCUUUCUUGUAGCAUUUCCUUGCAGCCUUAGGAAUCCUUUAAGCAGUUUAUAGUAAAGAAAAAUACCAAGUAAGUAUUCAAAAGUCUGGUUGCACUUUUGUCCUGCUCAGCCACAAGUAAUCUCCAAACAGACUGGAAUGGGGACACCUUCAGUGAGUGCCCCUUCAUGUGGGGAGCCAGAAAAUUUUCCUGUUCAAUUCCUAUUUCUGUGAAACAAGUCUGCCUGUCUGUAGUUUGAGGUCUUAUAUUCAUUGGUGACAACUUGGUUUCCAGUGUGGUUCCAAAAUAAGGUAAACCUUGUGUCAGAAACUCUUUGGCUGUUCUCUUGAGAUGACUGCUCUGGGCUGUAGGCCUUAUUGCUGUGUGUGUGAAUGUCUGCUUGUUUUUGUUUCCCCAAAAGUGCUUCAAAAAUCAUGCUCCAGUACACAUGAGGAUUUAUCAUUUUUCAGCUGCCUUUUCUGACUUGAACUGGGGCAUAAUGUAAAUAUUUCUGUAGUAAAUAUGAUGCUAGAGGAUUACUUUUUUUUGUGUGUGUGUGAUCAGUAUAAAUUCAAGGUUUAUUGAACUGACUAUUGAUGUGUUGUAUCAAGUCUUGGAAGAAAAAGUAAAAUUAUUUGAUUUC